CACAGUGACGUGAAGCGGAGCUCGGGGCUAAAGUUUGCUUAAACGGCUCGUGUCGUCAAGUUCUGCCGCUCGCACUCCUGGUUUUCCUUCCUCGACGCGCUUGUCAAAAUGUUUUUGUGCCACCGGACCAGCGGCAGACGCGACCUUUGUCUCGGCUGAACCCACGCGACAUGUAGUCUGUGGUCUGAGGCUGGACGCAGGGGGGAUACUUCACUGGAUCCGGAUCUUACAGCUCGCGGGAAGAGCGCGCGGCUCGCUGGUGUGCAGCUGCGGGAUUCGGUGACCGCGCGGGCGGACGGGCCACCAUGCUCCGUCCGUGGGCUGCUCAGUGGGUCACAGCUGUGCUCCUGUGUCGGACCGUGGCGCAAUACUCCAGUGACCAGUGCAGCUGGAGAGGAAGUGGUUUGAGCCAUGAGUCCCACCGCAGAGAUGUGGAGCAGGUCUACCUACGCUGCUCUCAGGGGUCUCUGGAGUGGCUGUACCCCACUGGGGCCAUCAUUGUCAAUCUGCGACCGAACACAGAGCCGUCAUCAGGACACAUGGCAGGUCUUCAUGUGUGCAUCAAGCCCCGCACUUAUUCAAAGGGUUCUCGUGUUUAUCUGGAACAUGCUGGGGAUGUGAGGUUGCUGCUGGCAGAGGGAGAACAGUCUCAGGGCACAGUGCACUGCUUCAGCCUGGCAGAUGGGGCUCUGUUUGUGGAGGCCGCCUCACAGAUGGACAUCAGUCGCAAGAUUACAGCUUUUCAAUAUGAGCUCGUGCCCAGUCAGGGACCUGGGGCGCACAUGUACCCGUACCUGCACCAUGGUUUAGUCACCUGUAAGCCAUGUUCAGACGAAGAGGUCCUCAUGGCUGUGUGUACCAGUGACUUUGCGGGCAGGGGUGUCUUUCAAGGCGUGGUGUCAGGUACCAAUGGGCACUCUCUUGCGGUGGUGAUGUUGAGCCGACUCUUCCGCCAGAAAAGUGGGUUGUUUGCCUUCGGUGGAGGCAGAGGGCGGAGCUGGAGUGGACGUGUCAAUGUUCCAGCUCAGUGCAUUGUGCCGCUCAGAGGGGACGAGUACCUUUUGACUGGUUCCAUCCAUUUGGUGAAGCCUGGCUUGGCUGCGCACCUCGAUACAGGGACUUUUUGAAGCUAUAUGCAAGAGCUCAGAAAACAGGGACGAAUCCCUGUCAAAUAAACACUGACUGAGAGACCUCCUGUUACUUCAGGAUAAAAUCAUGAGUGGAAGUUCUCAAUAUCUUGCUGAGGAACUUUUAAAAUGGAGCAGGUUAAAGAAAUGAGGAUGAUGGAGCAGUGUGGUUUGAAAGACUGAUACCCCUGCAGAAAAACAUCCAGAUGAACAAUUUGAACCUUAUAUUUGGUCUUUGUUCUGUGCUCGUAGGUGAACCCUUUGGACUACCUUUGUAUAGUGUUUGUGUUCAGGUGUUUUUGUGUAGUGUGUGUGCGUGUGCGUGUGCGUGCGUAAAAGUGAAUGACCGAGGACCUUAAAUUAAAAGUGUGUCUUGCUGGUUAAAGUCUAUAUUCUCUUGAUGAUACUGCUUUUGUGAUCAUUCUUGAAAUGAAUGUUUGCUUUGUAAAAAGCUUUUUGUAAAAUUUAGGAGUCUUCUGACAGAAGUGUUCGGUAUGCAGCUCUGUGAGUCUUUAUGAGUCUUUAAAUGUGUGUGUUUUGCAAAUAAGUCUUUAUAUUUACAGAAAAUAAAGCCACUCAGCAGCUUGUUAAUUCUCUGCA